CUAUUGCUUCAUCAUGACCACAGUGCAUCAGAAAUGAAGCAGUUUUCUCUGAUUUUGUCUUCCUCGAUCUAUUCCCAAAACCAGAAUCCUGAUUUCUCUCCACCAAAAACAAGCUAAGCUAAGCUAAACCCUCCUCCUAGCUAGAAAGCAGCACCGACAACAGAGGAAAUAGAUAGCAACAGAAACCGAGAGUGUAGUGCGGGGAAAGGACAAGCUGGGCUAGAUAAUUGUUUCUCAAAGUUCAACAUGUCAAAUAGUACAUGUGAUAUUGAAGAAGGUAGCUUCUCCUCAGGGAACACAGUUGGGGAAGAACAUCAAGAAAAGCAGCUUCAAAAACACUUGCAUGGCUCCAACUCCGGCGGAGGUUCCGGAGGUGGGAAGAGUAACAGCAAUGGCUCUGUCACUACCCAACAGCAACAGCAGCAGCCAAUCAAGAAGAAGAGAAACCUUCCCGGAACACCAGAUCCGAGUGCAGAAGUUAUUGCUCUAUCACCAACGACUCUCAUGGCAACGAACCGGUUUGUGUGUGAGAUCUGCAACAAAGGGUUUCAGAGGGACCAGAACCUUCAGCUUCACAGGCGAGGCCAUAAUCUUCCGUGGAAGCUGAGGCAAAGAACCAGCACUGAGGUUAGGAAAAGGGUUUACAUAUGCCCUGAGCCAACCUGCGUCCACCACAACCCUGGUCGUGCUUUAGGAGAUCUUACUGGCAUCAAGAAACACUUUAGCCGAAAACACGGUGAGAAAAAGUGGAAAUGUGACAAGUGCUCCAAGAAAUAUGCAGUGCAGUCAGAUUGGAAGGCUCAUCAGAAGACUUGCGGGACUAGGGAAUACAAAUGUGACUGUGGAACCAUCUUUUCCAGGAGAGAUAGCUUUAUCACACAUAGAGCUUUCUGUGACGCAUUGGCCGAAGAAAACAACAAAGUAAACCACGGACUCAUAAUGAACAACAACAUGGGGACCCAUAACCAAAUGCCGGAUCACCUCAUCUCCUCCAUGCCACUAAACACUAACACCUCUAUGGGAAUAGGAGCAGGAGCAAUCUCUGAAUACAACAACUACGACCCCAAAAACCCUCUGAAGUCCCUCCCGGAUGAGCUUGUCCCAUUGCCGUUCAAGUCCAUCAUGAACACCAAUCUCCCAGCCGGAGGAGGAAUGUUUUCCAGCAGUUCCGGCUCACUAUUUGGUGGCCCUAGAAGUGUCAACAACAACUCCUCCAACCUCCAAUUGAGCUCCAACAACAGCUCCUCCGCCGGAUUCAACUACCUUCAAGACAGCAAAAAUGGCUGCGGUGGAAACCCUAAUCUAACCGCUUCGGCUCAAAUGUCAGCCACUGCUUUGCUCCAGAAGGCAGCUCAAAUGGGAGCUACUGCCAGCAACACUACUAUAAACUCCCCUAUGAUGCAGAAGAGCUUCGUCACCAGCAUGGCCGGCCCCGAGAACCACCACCUUCUCUCCAAUAACUCUAUCAACGUCACUCGACCGCCGUACGAUCACCACCCUCAGUUCCAGCAAGUCCAACAACAGAUGCCGGAUCACCACCAGAUGGUGGGGAUGCACGGCUUUACCAACCAGCUCUUCGGUGACGCCAACGGUACCACAGCAGCCAACUCGGCCGCGAUGAGUGAUCAGAUGGGGAUGCUCAGUCAGGCGGUGUUUACCAUGGGGAGUGGAGGCAGCCAUGAGCAGAAUCAAGCAUUGCUGAGGAACUUGGAGCAGCAGAGGUUCAGGGUGACCGGCGGAGAAGGAGGCGACAUGACUACGCUUGAUCUCUUGGGGCUCGGCGGAGGAGGAGGACCACGGCCUCAGCCGCAGAACUUGCAUGAGCAACAUCAGCAGAGGUUGGACUUGGAGGCGAUGAGUCAGCCGAGUAUGCCGAUGAUGAACCCUUUCCACCAGCAACAACAGCGGCCGCACGGUGACUCCCCGGUGGAAAGCAACCCGUUUGGGAUGUGAUCUUCUUGAUCGGUUAUGGUGUACUAGCUAUGAGUUAUCAUUUACUUGGAAGAACUAGGUUUUGUUUUGUGUCUUUUUUCCGUCUUUGCUGACAAGGUGAGGGUCCGGAGGGGGCCUUUCAUACAUUGUUUGUAUUGUUGUGAAGGGGGGUUAGGGGACCUUUGGGAGUUAAGGCAAGUCGAAUAUAGGCCUCUGUCUCGAACGAAAUCGCCAUUUAUGUAUGACCCCAGUCAUAUUACAACUCUUAGGAAGUAGAAUAAAUUUCAUUUUAUUCACUCAAGUAACCAAAAACAUUAAUUUUUUCCUAUUUAUAAUCAAGAAUUUUAUACAUUCUCGAGAAGUUGAA